AUGAAAUCUUCCAAGCAACGAAUGACAAGUCUCGCAGAAGAUAUCGGACUGCCAUACCGAGCAAGACUUCACAAUCUAUUUCUUCAAAUCGAGAAAGAGUUUGAACUUCUGUAUUUGGAAAAUCUAAGCUUGCAAGAAAAACUAGAUGGAUACACCAACAAAGAUUCACUGCAAUCGUGUGAGAGAUCCACUUCAACAAAUCCGAGUGGAACCAAUCCGUCCUCAACUAUUCCACAAGCUGCCGCAGUUGCUGGCCAUGAAGAAGUCGAUACGACGGGUGGCGGUCCUGUUGUAUCAGGCAGUAAAAGCUUCAAGUCAAAAUUUACAUCGAGUGGUGGAAAAGUUAAGGCCAGUCAUAAGAUUAAGGCUCAGACCAGUCGUAUUGUAUCUAGCUUUAAAGCGCAGUCGGUAGUAAGUAGUACAGUCAUGAGGGAAUUCUGUGGACAUAAAGAUGGUGUAUGGCAAGUAGCAGCCAAGUUGGGUCAGCCAAUUAUUGGGACAGCUUCGGCAGAUCAUACAGCUUGUAUAUGGGCAAUCGAGAGUGGUCGAUGUCUUCUACAGUAUACGGGUCAUGUGGGUUCCGUUAAUUCAGUAAAAUUUCAUCAUAAUCGGGACUUGGUCCUAACUGGUAGUGGAGACGGCACGGCCCAUAUUUGGCAAGCUGCAGUUAAUUGGGAUGUUUCAAAAAAGGGGCACUCGUCCGAGGAAGAACUCGACGACAGCGAUGAACAAGUUGAAGAUCGCGAUCGUGUUGACACCUUACGAACACCACUUUGUGAAUUUCAAGGUCCAGGAGGUCAUUUGUCGGUAGUGGUCGCUGCAGAUUGGCUAACCAAUAUGGAUCAAAUAAUUACAGGAAGCUGGGAUCGCACCGCUAUUCUAUGGGAUGUGGAGACUAGAGAACCAAUACAACCCCUGAUGGGCCAUGAUCACGAGUUAACACACGUGUCGGCUCAUCCAACACAAAGACUAGUUGUGACUGCGUCUCGAGACUCCACAUUCAGACUAUGGGAUUUCAGAGAUCCGAUUCCAGGUGUUUCAGUAUUUCAAGGCCACACUGAAAGCGUUACAUCCACAGUAUUAACCAAAGAUGACAAAGUAGUGUCAGGUUCAGAUGACCGCACUGUUAAAGUGUGGGAAUUGCGGAACAUGCGCUCUGCUUUAGCUACCAUACGAACGGAUUCGUCCGUAAAUAGACUCGCAGUAUCUAAUGGUGGUAUUAUAGCGAUUCCCCAUGAUAACCGGCAAAUUCGCCUAUUCGAUUUGAAUGGACAGAGAGUUGCUCGUUUGCCUCGAACUAGUCGACAAGGUCACAGACGUAUGGUUUCAUCCGUGGCUUGGGCAGAAGAACCGCUAUUAAAUUGUGAUCUAUUUUCUUGUGGAUUUGAUCGUCGAGUUUUUGGCUGGUCCAUUAUUUUACCAAAAGAUAAUUAAA